AUGUCGUCCAAGAAGCUGUUCCCAAACGGCGAGGCAGCUCCGGAAGGUUCUGUACGUCCCAAUGGAACCCGGUGGACCAAUGGAAUCGUCCUGGCACUGUCAGCACUCGCGGCUGUGGUGAGUUUCGUUGCCCUGCUGUUCAUGGCGCGGGAGAUGGCCUCCAUCCGGGAACAGCAAAUGGCGUUCCAGAAAGAUCUGCAAGGCCUGAGGGAUCAGAUGCUCCAGAUGCAGUUGAAGCAAAAGAAGGAUGCUGAGGACAAGAUCGCAGAGCAUCUUAGCCCCAAGGGCCCGACUGGAGAUGUGCGCUCAACCGAAUACCGACGUGAUCACAGCGCCACCUUCUGGAAAAGUGCGGAGGUGCACCGCAGAUUCAAGAGGAACUCGAUGGACAACACUGUUCCCUUGCGUAACAGACUUGAAGAAUUUUUACUCGGGAAACGGGAGCCGUCGACUGGACCGCCCGGUCCGCCCGGUCCGCCCGGUCCACGGGGUCCACCUGGACAGUGUUGCGCCGGUGCAGGAGCUACAGCAGCCCCGGGCCGCCCACUGCCGGUAACCACAGCGCUGUCAGUUGUGGAUGCACAUGGUACCGCCGCAGGUUUCCAGGUCCGUCUUGUGGAUGGCUCUACCCCGCUCGAAGGCCGGGUGGAGGUGCGGGUCGGGACCCGCCCAUUUGGGACCGUCUGUGAUGACCGGUGGGACCUGAAGGACGCGCAGGUCGUCUGCGGGCAGCUCGGCUUCGGGAAGGCCCUGGCGGUAAAGCUGGGGGCCCAUUUUGGGAAGGGUGAUGGGAAGAUCUUGCUGGACGGCGUGGACUGUGAGGGAAGUGAGACGAGCCUUGGAGACUGUCACUCUGCUCACUUCGGACAUAGUGACUGUUCACACAAGGAGGACGCAGGGGUCGUCUGUGAAGGCAAGCUAGCUGUCCGGCUGGCUGGCGGCGACCUGCCCUGGGAAGGACGAGUGGAGUUCCGUCCGGGAGACAAGUCAGAGUGGCGUGCCGUGUGCAACAACGGCUGGACUGAGACUGAAGCGGGGACCGUGUGCAAACAGCUGGGGUAUACAGGGAGCGUGAGCACAGGUCGUACAAGCACCCACUCAAGCCGGACCUGGCUGGAGCGCGUCUCCUGCAGUGGAACGAAGACUAACAUCGCGUCCUGCGCAUUAGACUGGAACUCGGGCUCCUUCGGCUGCCCAUCAUAUAAGAUGAAUGUACAGGUCGUUUGCACAGGUGACGUGUCCAUCCGGCUUGCUGGAGGCCAACGUCUAUCGGAAGGUCGAGUGGAGGUCCGGGCCGGACUUGGGGACUGGGGGACGGUCUGUGAUGACGGGUUUGACGACAGGGACGCUGAGGUGGUCUGUAGACAGCUCAAGUAUGGUCUCGGAGUCGCAACACAAGGAAGUGAGUAUCCUGGAGGAACGGGAAACAUCUACCUGAACAAUCUCAACUGCGACGGGAGCGAGUCUUCUGUGGCGGACUGUGGAAUCACCAAGUGGGGAGGCCAUGACUGCACCCACAAGGAAGACGCAGCAGUCAAGUGCAUAGGAGGAGAUUGUGCUGCAUUUAAAGCCGCCGGACACACGACCAGUGGAGUCUACACACUUGGCUCACCUCUGCCCGGUGUAGAGGUCUACUGUGACAUGGAAACUGACGAUUGUGCUGCAUUUAAAGCCGCCGGACACACGACCAGUGGAGUCUACACACUUGGCUCACCUCUGCCCGGUGUAGAGGUCUACUGUGACAUGGAAACUGACGGAGGUGGAUGGACCGUGAUCCAACGGAGACUGGACGGAUCGGUCGCCUUUGACCGGACCUGGGAGGAGUACAAGCACGGGUUUGGGAACAAGGAUGGAAAUUACUGGCUUGGGAACGAGAACAUCCACCUCCUUACUUCUAAGAAGGACUAUAGUUUGCGUAUCGACCUGGAGGAUUGGAGUGGAAAUAAACGCUACGCGGAAUACGACACAUUUAGGGUGGCCGGUGAGUCGGACGCGUACCGGCUGACGGUUUCAGGGUAUUCAGGCACAGCGGGAAACUCCGUGACGGCCAACGAUGCAGCUACGAACAACGGGCGGAUGUUUUACACUAAGGACAGGACCAAUGGGGGCAGCGGCACCUGUUCUAGAACAAACGGGAAUGGCGGCUGGUGGUAUGGGAAAUGCGGCUAUGUCGGUCUCAACGGCCAAUAUCUGCCCAACUGUGUGAGUUCCUGUUCAUCCUGGAUUGGUCUGGUUUGGUACGAGUGGCCGUUCCAUAGGGGCCCAAGUUACUCUAUGAAGACUUCGUCCGUAAAAAUCAGGCCAAAAUAAUUGCAUUCGCUAUACUUGAUCUGAUCACACCCAGUUAUCCACAAAAUCAUCAAUCUUACAUGUCUGUAACGCUGACAAGUAACACUCUUUAUUGUAGUUUCUUGGUCUGUUACAAACUUACACCAGUACAAGUCAUUUUGAAUGUAUCAGUGAGGCAGACAUCUGUGUUUAGAUAACUGGAGACGUUUUCAGAUAUAGUCGAUAUGGAGCAAAAUGUUCAAUUCGAGUUCUGGAUACAAGUGACGAUAGUUAAAAUUUUUAGCGACUGAUCAAAAAAAAUGUCGGUGGUUUCUUUGGAUGCUGGGAGCGUCUGAUUUAGCAUAUUGAUGUAUUUUGUGAGGUAUUUCUAAAUUCUAUUGCUGUAGAAUGGCAGAAACAUGCUAAUGGAACUGUAGUAAUGUAGUCUUGGAUUCCUUAUUAUAGAAGACUGUGCAAAUAUAUAAACUACCAGCUGUCCAAAUAUAACCUAGUAUAUAGUCUUCUGUAGAAUAGAUUAGCACCCAACUGUUAUGGUAACCAUAGUUACCCAGAAGUAGAAGUCGACUUACAUUGUAUCUUCUAAAAUUGCUGAGUAAUAUGAUUUCGUACCUUCUGAGCCGAUGAUUUUUCUUCCAGAAAUAAUGAAUAUCCUACUGUAAGUAAAUUUCAUGUAAGGUUAGUUGAUAAUUGUGUAAUUGUAAUGUUGUAAUGAAGGGUUUCUUAUCAAGGUGUAACGUUAUGUACCUUAGCAAAAUGGCAUGAAAUAACAGCACAGGCCUCGAAAUUAACUUUUUUUACAAUUGUCCCAGAACUGUCCCAAAAAUAGAUUUCAAUUGUCCCGAACUGAGGAUGGACUGUCCCAGCCUGCUUUUCAGGAAUUAAGUUCAUGACAACAAUACACAACUCAAUUUCAAUUUUGUACAACUUGAAGUCCACUUAAUAAUAUUAGACGUACAGUAAAUAUCAUUUUUCCCACUUUAGGAAAAUACAUGAUACAUGUAGUAUCAUGGGCGCAGCACCAUCUUCAACACCCCCCUCCCCAUGCAACAUUUGGAAUCCCCGAUUGGUCAAAUUUAAAUGUUUGUCAUAGUAUUAUGGGCUGCCGUCAGCCCGCAGCAGGAUGGAUGGAUCACGUUCCUAAAUGACGUGGACAGUCUCAGAUGAGAAUUUUUCAAUUGCCCCAAAAUUGUCCCGAAACGUAAUUUGAAUUGUCCCAAGCUGAAAAUUUAGUGUCAUUUGACACUGGGACAAUGUUAAUUUCGAGCCCUGCAGCAUGAUGGAAGAACCAAUAUUCAAUCCUUAUUUUCAAACUUGCCUCUUGUCUCUGCUAAUGUUUGGCAGUUGUGUCAUGUUGCACUGCUGUACUGAAACUAAAACUGGAAUUUUACUACAUAUAUGUUUGGCAGUUGUGUUUUACAUCGUACUACUGUAACACAUGUACAUUUAUGUACGUAAACAGCGGUGACUAGAACUAUUAUCAUGGAAAACACUUUAGGUAUAAAAACCAUUAGUGACUAUAUAUAUAAGCCUAGGUUUAUGUCAUGUUUCCUGUUCCAGUCCAAAAUUGUUUAGGGUACAUUCGGUAGAAAUCCU